AUGGCGGCGGCCCCAGACCUGGCCGGACUCCAGGAAGAAACGCAGUGUCCCAUCUGUCUGGAUUAUCUGGUGGACCCGGUGACCAUCGACUGUGGACACAACUUCUGUAGUUGCUGCCUCCAGCAGGCCUGUCAGGAUGGAUUGCGAUGCCCCGUGUGUCGUCAACCAUGCCGAGACGGGCCCUUCCGGAGCAACGCCCAGCUGGGCAGGAUGGUGGCCCUGGCCAGGCUGCUCAAGGUCAAGAGCAUCAAGAGGAAGAGACAGGAGGAGCUGCCUGAGUGCGAGCAGCACGGCCAGCCCCAGGUCUUAUUCUGCGAAGAUGAGCGGGUGCUGCUGUGCGCCCCGUGUGCUGGGGCUGCGGACCACUGGGGCCACUGCGUGCAGCCGGUCCCGGAGGCCGAUGCUCAGCACAGGAAGAUGCUGCGCAGCUACCUGGAGUCGCUGAAGGGCAGAAUGGAGGACGCUCAGAAGCUCCUGGACGCCCAACACAGACAGCUGUCGGAGCAGAGCGAGAACACAGAGAACCAGAGGAGGAAAACAUGCUUGGAUUUCAAGCACCAGCAGCAGUUUAUGUCCCGCGAGCAGCAGGCUGCCCUGUCCAGGUUGGCGGAGGAGGAGAGGAAGCUGCAACAGCAGCUCCAGGCGCACACGUCGGCCCUGAUAGAGCACAUCCACACAGUCCAGGGGCUGCAAGGGGAGGUGGCUGAGCGGAGCGUGAUGUCAGACUGGCAGGUGCUGGCAGGGCUCAAGGCCAUCGUGGGCAGGUGUGAGAGCCUGCAGCUCCCCCAGUGCAGCUCUUCCCGGCUGAAGAAGGAGGCCUGCAGCCUGCCACUGCAGUACUCAGCCCUGCAGAGGGUCAUGGGCAGGUACAGAGAGCAGGUGACUCUGGAUCCUGCCACAGCACAUCCCAAUCUGCUUGUCUCAGAGGAUCAGAAAUGCGUGACCUAUGUGAGGAAGCAGCUGUCAGUCCCCCAGAGCCCACAGCGAUUUGUGCUUUCUCCCGUGGUCCUGGGUUCCCAGGGCUUUGAUUCUGGCCGGCAUUACUGGGAGGUGCAAGUGGAGGACAAGCCCGAGUGGGCUGUAGGCAUUUGCAGAGAAUCCCUGUCCAGGAAGGGCAAGGGGCAGAGUGGAUGCUGGGCCCUGCAGCUGUGGGAUGGCGCCUACAUGGCUACAGGUCCUGCCCCAGUCCUGGUGGUGCUGAAGGAGAAGCCCAGAAGGAUUGGCAUUUACCUGGACUAUGAGCUGGGUGAGAUUUCCUUCUACAACCUUAAUGACAUGUCUCACAUUCACUCUUUCGCUGAUCGAUUUUCUGAAGUCCUUGUGCCUUAUUUCUGCCUGGGAUCGGACAAGAAACCUCUUAGGAUCUGUGCAGUGGCAGACCUUGAAGGAUGA